AUGCCACCCAAGAAGCCCCCCGACAUCGCUCUCCACCACGAAUGCCUGGCCUACGUGAGCAAGCUCUUCAAAGAGCCUAGGACCCGAGAGGAUGUCAAGCUCCGGGCCCUGAGGAACAAGGAGACCGAGUGCACCGUGGUCAAGACCAGCCUGAACAGCUUCUGCAAGGACGCUGCAAGGGCCCUACCCCUAGAGAGCGUGCUCAAGGAAGUGAAUAAGGCAAUUUGCGAGGCCUACGUGCUUGCUAACUUGCAUGUAUUGCGCAUGUGCGAGUUGGGCCGGGAGGUGCCACCUCUGGACCAGUCCUUCUUCUAUGGCUGUCUAUCUGCAGUCAGUGUGGCCGGUAGGCAAAGGAGUGCCGUCAAAGACAUGUACUUGAGGGAGACGGUCGACCUCUACCUGGCAUCUCGCCCUGCCGAUUAUGUGCCUCCUGACUCUGAGCACCUUCAAUCUUCCGGAUGGUACCAGAAUGCGAGCCUGCAGAUGGCCACUUGCACAAGGAACUCCGUUGCCACCAACUUCUACAAGCGUCUCAAGCGCUACCUGAAGCACAAGUACUCGCUCGAUGGGCCCGCAUGCUAUGCAAAGCUGCGAGACAUAUUUGCCGACGAGUAUGAAGGAGAAGACCCGCUAGUGCUGGAGUACCGAGCCAUGCUCCCAAAAGCCACGGUCGGAAGGGCGGACUCCACCCCUCACCUACUCAUGCCGAUGCAAUACAUGUUCCUGCGCUACAUGGAGUCGCAUCACCCCCUGACGGAAGAGGAGCUGAAGAAAGGCAAGCAGCUGAGGCUCUUCAGCCUCCUACCCACCAAGAGGGGCUUCGAGUGCAAUCACCUCAAGAUGUGCACGAACGGACUCUACGGGCUUCUCAAGAGGGGAGGGGUCAAGCUUCCAGCCUCAGGAGGCGACUUCAGGAAGGUGGCUGACGACUAUUGGCGAGACCUCUUCGACAUUGCAAAAUUCGAGACAUGCAACCGCAAGUUUGCAGGCGAGAUCCUCACGGACGGGAAGGCCGUGUGCAUCGUACUGAGGAAGCCCAAACCAAAGCAGGCUAACGGAGAAGCAACUCUCCCCGACCUCACUGGCAGGGAGGAACUGUGGGGCCUAGACCCUGGCAGAGAGUUCUACGGCGACGCCAAGUACAAGCACAGCAAUGCCAAGAUCAAGCGGUGGUAUGAUGGGAGCCCCGAGGUGCUCGAGGCCAUCCGCAACAUGCCCACCAAGAAGACCUCGGAGAGCACCAAGUUCCUAGCAUACGUGCACUUCAUGCUGCCCAGGCUUGACAUGCUCCUAGUCUACCACAUGAGGCAGGAUUUCAGAGGGCUCAAGUUCAAGCGGUACAUCUCGGCCCAGAAGAAGCUGCAUGCGCUCUGCAAGGCUAUCACCAGGCGAGUGGGUUGCAAGACGGUGGUGGGCUUCGGAGACUGGUCGAACAAGGACUCCGGAGGCAUCAUCAAGGGAUCUCCAUCCGGACCCGUGAAGCGGCUGGAGCGCGAGCUCCGGAAGCAUUGCAGGGUGGUUUCGAUGGACGAGUUCAGGACGAGCAAGCUGCACUUCGAUUGCAAGACGCAGCUGCGCAAUCAGUACUCGGAGAAGCGAUGCAAGGAUGGGGUGGUCAAGACCGUCAAGAUCCAUAGUGUGCUCCAUUGUUCCAACAAUGGCUGUAAUGGCAUGACUGUGAAUCGAGACGUGAACGCCGCCCGGAACAUCCUGAGGCUGCUGAGGCUGCGGCUGGAAGGCCGAGCCCGGCCGGUGGAAUUUUGCCGGUCGGCUAGUAUAUGA